CCAACUCACCCUCCUCCCAGCCCACACCCUGGCGUCGCCCUUGGCCCCAGGUCCCCCACGACUGCAGGCGUGGGAGCUCCUGCCCCGCGCCGCUCCCGACAGAGGCCCCGCGCCCUCUUUCCUUCCUUGCUGGGACGGACGCACUUCCGGCGGAUGUGGGGGGGGAAAGCCUCGGAAACGGAAGUGAGUGGCGGGCUGACCGUAAGGUUGCUUAGAGGCCGUUUACAGAGCAAGCCGAAGAUGAAUACCAGAGGACUUGGAUCUCAGCUAAAGGACAGUAUUCCAGUUACGGAACUUUCAGCAAGUGGACCUUUUGAAAGUCAUGAUCUUCUUCGAAAAGGUUUUACUUGUGUGAAAAAUGAACUUUUGCCCAGUCAUCCUCUUGAAUUAUCAGAAAAAAAUUUCCAGCUCAACCAAGAUAAAAUGAAUUUUUCCACACUGAGAAACAUCCAGGGUCUGUGUGCUCCACUAAAAUUGCAAAUGGAAUUCAAGGCAGUGCAACAGGUUCAGCGUCUUCCAUUUCUUCCAAGCUCAAACCUUUCACUGGAUAUUUUGAGGGGUAAUGACGAAACUAUUGGAUUUGAGGAUAUUCUUAAUGACCCAUCACAAAGUGAACUAAUGGGAGAACCACACUUGAUGGUGGAGUAUAAACUAGGUUUGCUGUAAUGCAGUGAGCUGACCGUGGAAAUGGAGGGGCUGCAUCGUGUUUAUAUCGCCUUUUUACUACAGUUGUAUGUGUACGAUAUUAAAAGUACUGAUGCAUGAGAA